CUACGGGAAAAACGUUGUACCGGAAAAAUCAUAUGCCAAACAUACUUGGAUACAUCAGUACUGGAUUGAAGUUCCGGAGACCAUUACCGCUUCCGGUUUACGAACCACGCAUGUCUUUGUGACAUCAGUAAGCACUGAAAAGGUUGACGCUUGGCAAGCAUUUCAGAUGGCUCGAGGGAUGACAGCAGACGGACUUCUAAGUUCGCAUUCUGAGGCCUGGGAGAAUUUGUGGUCCGAGGGGCGAAUUGAACUAUCUGGUAACCUGGACGUGGCCCAGACCAUCAACGCCGGCCUUUACUUUAUCUUGUCGUCCACGCCCCUCGUUCCUGAUGACGUCAACCCCUUCAAGGGGCUCAGUCCAGGGGGAUUAUCUCGUGGCGGCAUUACACGACCGGACAAGUCGACCGCGUAUAACGACUACAUCGGCCAUGUAUUCUGGGACAUGGACACGUGGAUCAUGCCACCAAUCAUGAUGCUCCACCCACAGCUCGCCAAGAUAAUGAUUGGCUCCCGGACUCAUGUGCUGGAUGUUGUCCGUAGACAUGCGCAGACCAGUGGCUACAAAGGAGUCCGGUAUCCAUGGGAACAAGGAGUUACAGGUGAGGAGGUGUGCCCCUGGGAGCCGGCAGCUGUCUAUCAAAUCCACGUGACUGCUGACAUCAGCUACUCGUUGCGCCAGUAUCUGUACGCCACACACGAUUCUAGUAUCUUAUCCAGUGGCAAGGGGUUUGAGUUGGCCAUGGAAAUAGCGCGCUUUUGGCAGAGCAGAGCAAACAAAACUUCAGAAGAUGUUUAUGAAAUCUUUGGAGUGAUGGGGCCGGACGAGAACCACUUCAACAUCGACAACUCAGUCUUCACCAACUACAACGCCAAACUCAGCCUGCUGCUUCCUGCAUACAUCCGAGACAACUACCGAAUAAAAAUUACUGCGGCGGAACAUGCCGAAAUAGACUCUUUCACGAUGGUGGCUCCAAAACUAAUCAUUCUGUAUGAUGACAAGAGAAAAUAUCAUCCUCAAUUUGAAGGAUUUUCUCUCAAUGCCACUAUAAAACAGUCUGAUGUCGUUCUUCUCGGUUACCCACUGUUGAUGCCCAUGUCACCUGAAAUUCGCAGGAACGAUUUGGAAAUAUAUACUAAUCUGACCGAUGUGUUUGGUCCAGACACGGGCACGUGGAGUAUGUACGCGCUCACUCGGCUGGAACUCGGGGAGGAGGCGCGGGCGGACAGGGACUUCCACAUGAUGCUGAGAAACAUCAACGGACCCUUCAAGAUAUUCAGCGAGAAACCAGAAACGGGUCCUCAGGGAGUGCGGUGCGUGAAUUUUAUCACCGGUGCCGGCGGCUUGCUUCAGGGUGUCAUCUUCGGCUAUGGUGGACUUCGUCUUGACGCGGAUCAUCUGACGGUGAGUCCUCACCUUCUCCCCCAGACGAACCACUGGGCUAUCCGCGGCCUCCACUACCGGGACUUCACGCUGGACCUGGAGGUCUUCCACACCGUCUUCAGAAUCGUCGUCAGAGACGUCGCUGUCGCCGGGGGACGCAUUUCGAUUGUGGACAAGGACGACAGAGAAAUACGAGUUGGGGAGUCUAUUAGUAAAACACGGGCUCCUGUGAAGAUUUCUGUAUCAGAUUCACCAAAAGAUAAGGCCACAUCCAAGGGAAGCGGUCUGUACUGCAAAGUGUGGCUGGCUUCCUUGAUGUUUGUUUUACAUAUUGCCUUCCGUGUAAAUGAAGUAGACCCACAAGCGUACUAGACGGGGGAGGGGGCGAUGGGCUGCCCCCGUCUAACGUCCCCCCCCCCCCCCCCCCCCAGUGCUGGAGCAAAUCCUUAAAUCUUAAAUUUGGGACAAAAACGAUAGAGAUAUUCGGACAAAAUGUACUAACCUGGGACUUUUUACGAUGUAUUCCCAUCAUGUUACCCUCAAAAUUAGUUGCAACCCUCUACAGCUGUUUGGAAGUAAUGCUAAUACGAAAGAAAUGUUAUCCAGAUUUAGGCAUUUUCAUUUAUUUUAAAAUCCAGCUUGCCCCUCUAGCGUGUCCUAAUGUCUACAUGCGUUCAAGACAGUGACUCGAUAUGGACGAUGAACCUGGGGCCAGUUUCACAAAACAUACGGCUGUGACUAGCAGUUGGUAUUGGUUUAUAUGAUGACAAUUACAUCAUUACGGAAGAUGGAGCAUUUUAAGGACAAUAGAAAAUGAAAUAUGUAUACUGCAAACUAUAUUAUAGUCCUUCCCACAGGGAACGCCUUUUUUCAUACAAUGGAAUUUACUACAAGUUAUUUAUUUCUGAGCCGAUUAUUUUGUAACUUGCACACAGAAAUAGUUGGGGGGUUGGAGUUGUUUUGGGUUUUUUUUUCCAAAACACUUACUUUUCUUCUUGCGUCAAACCAAACUGAAAUUAUUUACAAAAAAAACUACAUUUUUAUAGGAGGAUGGGACGAACUCUAGUUGUACAGUUAGCAGUAAUAUCAAUUGUGGUUUAGUCGUAGAUUUAUGGUUACUUGUUAUACUAGGCUUACGAUGUUUUGUGAAAUUGGGCCUCGAGGUUUACUUUAAGUACCUUAGUAUGUUUCUAAAAUGCAUUCUGUUUCAUGGUUUGGAUGUGUGACAAAUGCGAACACUCCAACUCAUCAUGAAUACAGGCACGUACUUGUCUCCAAAUAGUAUUUGCAAACUUCCCAUUGAUGAGUGUAGAGCGUAUUGACAAGCACUUGUCUCCAAAUAAAAUAUGCAAAUUGUCCAUCUUGGAGUGUAGAGCGUAAUGACAAGCAUUUGUCUCCAAAUAAAAUUUGCAAAUUGUCCAUCUUGGAGUGUAGAACGUAUUGACAGGCACUUACUUGUUUCCAAAUACGAUUUGCAUUUUCGAUUGUGGAAUGUAGAACGUAUUUGAAGGUGAUUAUACACCCAGGAAUAAAUUCUACGUGACUAGGUGAGAAAACCUAAUUACUAAAACAAAACAAAAUAAACCUACGUUCUAGUAACAAACAAAAUACAAUGUUGUAAAUGAACAAAGCACCGUUCAUACCUCAGGAGAUGGGUCUUGUUUGCUGAUUUGGGUUUUUCGGGUAUCAUUUGGGGAUAUUUUAAAGUAUAUAUAUUUUUUUUAAGUUAAGAUUUGCAAAUUAAAGUAUACCAUUCUUCUUACUGUAGUGUUUAUGAUAGUAACAACGGGAAUAAAGACUAAAAUGAAAGGAAUAGCAUAUAGCACAUGUACAUUGUUUGAUUACCAACUAUUAUAUUCCACCAUAGCAAUUGGAAUAAUAUUCUUUUGUUAAUAAGCAGAAAUGUUGAGAGUUACUUACGUGUAUUGAUAAUAAUGAAAAUAAAACAAAAAGUAU